AUGAGGUUGCAAGAACUUCAAGAUGCUAUAAACAAACUUCCAUUGAGACAUCCAAUUGACGUCAAAUUGUAUUGGAGAGCAUCUGAGUUAGGUCAGAAGGUUUUAUAUGAGACAGGUUGCUUCGACGAUGUUUAUGAGAUAACAGGAGAAGUUUCUCAGAAGAUAAGAGACUCACUUGAAUUUCCACAAACUGGACCAAUUGGUUGCGACAAGUUCGACUCAAACGAAAAGAUAUACUAUGUCGACCUUAACGCUGCAUACAUGAGGUUUGUCCAAUAUAUUCCGACUGGAAUUCCAAACGAAGAUGGUGAGUUCCCGGGAAGGAACUAUACAGUUGGAAAAGUCAUACAACAACUGUAUGAUAUUAGGAAAGCUUCAAACCCCAAACUUGCAAUGACACUCAAAUUGCUUAUGAAUUCGACAUGGGGAUAUUCCAUUAAGAAACCUCAAGAGAUGAAGAGUAAACAUUAUGAGAAGGUCGACAACUUUGUUGAAAGGUUUUCUCCUUUUGUUUUGAAGUACGAAUUCACUCAAGGUCAAAGUGGCUUAGUAACCACAUUAAAACCUAUUGUCGAACAUUGGUCUUACCCUCAGUUCGCAAAAGCAGUCCUUGACAACUACAACAAAUUCUUCUCCGAAGUCAAAUCCAAAGUGAAGGUUUACUAUGAGAACAUUGACGCACUCAUGACGAACGAAGAAGGCUAUAACAAACUCAUUGAAAUGGGAAUGGUCGGUGAAAAGAUGGGCUGUUUUAAGCUAGAUAAGGUAUUUUCCGAAGUUCAUGUCCUCUCCAAGCGUAAGUACUGGGGCAUACUUGAAGACGGCACAGAAAUAAAACAUUGCAUGAAAUAA